AUGUGCUAUGACCGUUACGUUUCCAUCUGCAAACCCCUGCACUACGGGACCCUCCUGAGCAGCAGAGCUUGUGCCCACAUGGCAGCAGCUGCCUGGGCCAGUGCCUUUCUCUAUUCAAUGCUGCACACAGCCAAUACAUUUUCCCUGCCCCUGUGCCAUGGCAAUGCCCUGGGCCAGUUCUUCUGUGAAAUCCCACAGAUCCUCAAGCUCUCCUGCUCCAAAUCCCAACUAAGGGAAGUGGGACUUCUUGCUGUCAGUGCCUGUCUGGUAUUCGGUUGUUUUGUGUUCAUUGUUUUCUCCUAUGUGCAGAUCUUCAGGGCUGUGCUGAGGAUCCCCUCUGAGCAGGGACGGCACAAAGCCUUUUCCACCUGCCUCCCUCACCUGGCCGUGCUAUCCAUGUUUAUCAGCACAGCCACAUUUGCCUAUUUGAAGCCUCCCAACAUUUCCUCCCCAUCCCUGGAUCUGGCCCUGUCAGUUCUGUACUCAGUGGUGCCUCCAGCCCUGAACCCCCUCAUCUAC